AUGAGGAAGGCUGCUGUCGGGGCUGCGGUUGUUGGGGCGGCGGCGGUGUGCGCCGUGGCGGCGCUGGUGGUCCGCCACCGUAUGAGGAAAUCGAGCAAGUGGGCCCGGUGCGUGUCCAUUCUCCGCGAAUUCGAGGAGAAAUGCGGGACCCCAGAUGCCAAGCUCAAGCAGUUGGCCGAUGCCAUGGUGGUGGAGAUGCACGCCGGACUCGCCUCCGAGGGCGGCAGCAAGCUCAAGAUGCUCAUCAGCUAUGUCGACAAUCUCCCCACUGGUGAUGAAGAUGGAGUUUUUUAUGCCCUGGAUCUUGGUGGGACAAAUUUUCGUGUGUUGCGGGUGCAGUUGGGAGGGAAAGCUGGUGGUAUUGUACAUCAAGAGUUCACCGAGGCAUCUAUUCCUCCAAAUUUGAUGGUUGGCACGGCAGAUGCCCUUUUUGACUAUAUUGCGGAAAAACUUGCAAACUUUGUUGCAGAAGAAGAACAAAAAUUUAAUCAACCUCCUGGUAGGCAGAGGGAACUGGGUUUCACCUUUUCGUUCCCCGUAAUGCAGACUUCAAUUAAUUCUGGGAACCUUAUCAGGUGGACCAAAGGCUUCUCGAUUGAUGAUAUGGUUGGCAAAGAUGUAGUUGCAGAACUGUCGAAGGCCUUGGAGAGAAAAGGUGUUGAUAUGCGAGUGUCAGCUCUGGUCAAUGAUACAAUCGGAACAUUGGCUGGUGGUAGAUACACGAACAAAGAUGUAGCUGUUGCGGUGAUCUUGGGUACCGGAACUAAUGCAGCAUAUGUCGAACGGGCUCAGGCGAUUCCAAAGUGGCACGGUCCUCUCCCGAAAUCUGGAGAGAUGGUUAUCAACAUGGAGUGGGGUAAUUUUAGGGCAUCGCAUCUUCCCUUGACAAAGUAUGAUCAUGCCUUGGAUGCUGAAAGUUUGAAUCCCGGUGAACAGAUAUUUGAAAAGAUCACCUCCGGCAUGUAUUUGGGAGAAAUUUUACGUAGAGUUUUGCUCAAAAUGGCUGAAGAAGCUGCUAUUUUUGGCGAUGAGGUCCCUCCAAAACUCCAGUGUCCAUUUAUAUUAAGGACACCUCAUAUGUCAGCUAUGCAUCACGAUUCAACCCCUGAUUUAAAGGUGGUCGGUGACAAAUUGAAGGAUAUUCUCGAGAUACCCAAUACCUCCUUGAAAGUAAGGAGAGUAGUGGUUGAACUGUGCAACGUUAUCGCGACACGUGGGGCCCGGCUUGCUGCUGCCGGGAUCUUGGGCAUCCUGAAGAAGAUGGGAAGGGACACGGCAAGAAGUGGUGGGUCCUCGAAGACGGUGAUAGCUAUGGACGGUGGAUUGUACGAGCACUACACGGAAUACCGGAAGUGCUUGGAGAAUAGUUUGAACGAACUGGUUGGCGAGGAAAUGGCGGCCCACAUUGUGUUCGAGCACUCGGUUGAUGGUUCGGGCAUUGGAGCUGCUCUUCUUGCAGCCUCACACUCGCUCUAUCUCGAAGAUAAGUCCUAAUAAGUGCCGUCGAAACUAAAAAAAAAAAAACCUUGUUUGCUAGACACUGGUUUCAGUUUUGGUCUGAUUCUUAUCUCGCCUUUUUGCCUCCGACCAAUUCUCUGCAAAAGUUGCUCUUAUGUUGAGUAGUAGUUUAGGAGAUUGCGGCAUGGCGGAUUUUGCCGUACAACAUUCAUUCGGGAUGGAUAAUUAUUCUGAGGAUAUCAUUUGUCAUAAUGGAUUGCCAGUUCUGCCCCAUAACUGAGCCAAUUAGGGGUAAUAAAAUUGAGAAUUGAGUUGUUGAUCUCU